ACGUGUAGCAAUUCACAUGUUGUCCCUCGCUGUAAAGUGACGUUAGAGGAGAAAGGAAGAGGAUAGAAGUCCAUAAUUUUUUUCUCAGGACAAUAGUGCGUACGUCUGCACACCGUCUUAUUUAGCAAUAAAGUAUAUGAAACUACUUUUUCGCGUACGAGCAGCACGUCAGGUUGUGUUAGACUCAUUGGCGCUGGACACCAGGUUGUUGUGAUACCGACCCAGAAACAACUCACCAUUCAGUUCAGUGAUGCUGUCACCGGAGAGUCCUUCCAAAUGGCAAGUGCAAGAUUCCCUCUCCUCAACCCCCUGUCUCCUGUACAACGAGAGUGACCAGACGGAGGAUGAACUGGAGGUCUUUUCCUCUGAGAGCGAGGCUGCAGGAGUUGUGCCUGAUCCUAAGUCAUCCUCCAUGGCUAAUGGGAGCUCUCAAAAUUCAAAAUCGCCUCUCACCUUUGUGAACCAGAGGAGCGGUAGAGCUGAAAAUGGUCAAACUGGAUGUUCCUCGGCAUCUCCAGCCUACACCGGUCAGACUUCGACAUCAUCUGAAAGAAUUCCCACAGAGGGGGACCUGAGGUUUGCACGCAAAUGUGCAGAGCUGCACGGGUACAUCAGACCCCUGUUGGAGCUGUUGAAGGGGCUGAAAACAGGUCGAUAUGAUAAAGGUUUGAGCACAUUUCAACAUAGUGUUGCCAUUGAUAGACUGCGAAGGAUUGUGGGUGUUCUACAAAAACCUGACCUUGGGGAGAAGUAUAUGGGCACUCUUCUGCAGCUGGAGGUGAUGUUAAAGGUUUGGUUCCCUCGGGUGAGGCCUCAGCAUCGGGAAGGCACCCCUUCACUCCACAACCUGCCUCCACGCUGGAAUCAGGACCAGUUACAUAUUCCCGUGAAGAAACGCAGAUUAAGUUGGUCAGACUCUGACUCGCAAGGAUCUUCAAGCAGCAAACGCAUUCAAGAGGACGAUCGAGGGCCGAGCCCCAGCGAUAGCAGCUCAUGGCUUAGCAGCUCUGAUACUAUGUCUAGCGAACUUGAAGAAGACAGUCCGAUCUUUACAAAUCAAAAUAAUAUCACAUCUGAAACCAAGCUCGUUGAAAACCGCGUUGAAAACCGCAAACUUCUAGUCAGGCGAAAGAAGAGCUCUCUGACUGUAACAGGAAGACCACCUCUGCUUGUAAUACCACCGUCAGCCACAGAUGGCAGCAGCUUGGGCAUGCAGGACUGUUCGGUGUCCUCCACAACUCCGACUUCUGACCCACCAGUGCACAUGAUGAUUAGUAAGAAAGAUUUGAGUGAAUCUGCAAAAGAAGAAGGGCCAAAAAAACAGAUUGACACAAAAAUGUUAAACACAUAAUAUCUGAAAGCGGUUCUCCAGUCUGUUGAUAUUGGGAACUCUGAAGUGAAAUUUUUGUUCAGUUAGUCAGAUUUCGCAUCCUGCCACAUCUAUGUACAGCACAGACGUAAUCAUAUGUAUGGCAUAAGAUUUGUGCAUGUACGGUUAUAGACUGAAGAAAGAAGUGUCUUAAAAUACAUGCUCGAGCCGUACAGUUGACCGGUGAAGCAUGCACAGCUAUCAAACACUCUGCUGCACUGCCUUCCAUGAUAAACACAGACGUCCAACAAUAUCUGCUGCUUUAUGAACCUAAAACCAGGAGGCCAGAUAUCAGCAGACCGAUGGUCUUGUAAAACGUCCACAAGUGUGACUGCGAUCGCAAUCUACCUUAAUGUCCUUUGACUUGAAUUGAAACCACUUUGAGCAUCAGAUGAAGUAGAAAUGCAUUAUAUGAGAGGAUGUUUUAGAGGCAGUUUUAUUUAUUGCAUUAUUACUUGAAGAUACUGAAUUCACUUUAGCAGCCUUAAAGAGUCAGUACAAGUGCGCUGUGGUCAAUGUUUUAUAUUUAUGAUGAUACAGAAAGAAUAAUCCUGGGAACAACAGAUGGGAUGCCUCGUGAAGUGUUCUUUUAAAAUCUGGAGAGUAAAUGUUCAUUUAUUGAAGAUGUUUUUGCCAAAAAUAGUUUGCACAUUUAUGUUCUGCUUCCAUGUUAUAAGAGUUAAUUUUGUCAUAGAGAUCUAGGUGUUUGUCAUAAGAACAAUUGUUUCCUUGGACUCCCCUUUUUUCCAUUUAGAAUUUGUACAUUUCAGCAUUGUGACUAUUAACCAUACUCUAAAACUGAGUAAUGUUCAAGUUAAUGACGACGAGUAUGUGGCGUGUCACACACUGUAAAGGUCACACGGAGGAAGACGAGUGUUUUAUUUAGCUAUGUGUUGAAUAUAUUCUGACAUUAGAGAUGCAGUGAGGAUUGAGAAGAACUUUAUCAGUAUGUUGACUGAGACGCAUGUAGUCACAUCCUUGUGCAGCUGUACGAGUAUCGUGUGAAAAAUACAUGUCAGUAUAUUGUUGGAAUUAUAAUGGAGAUUAUACUGUAAGGGAAAGGGCAUACGAAGAUGUGUUGUGAUUAAUAUUUAAUGUCACUUAACAGCUUCAUGUGAUUGUGAAGGUAGCAUUUUUAGGAAGAUGUUUUUUUAUUAUUUUAUUAUUACUAUGACUUGUUUCAUUGCCAUUGUAGCACAAGUUAUUUUCUAUUCGUUAUUCAAAACCAUUUUCUCUUGUAAGUCAUUUCUGUUAUUGCUUCAAAGUUUUUGUCAAGGUUGCUGAAAUGUUUUCAAUAUGCUCCACUUUUUGAUAUCAAUAAAUGUUUCCAAGUUUCUUA